AUGACAGAAGAGAAUAACAAUGAAGGUAAAGAUAUCGGUAUGACUUUAGUAGAUCCGACUAAGACAGCAUCAGAGGGGAGCAAUGAAAACAUAAAUAAAAGUGUGACAAUGUUGAAGGAACAGUCAUCAAGUAGUCAGAUGACGACACAGAAAUUGAUGAUAUUCACAUUCGAUGAGUUGUGGAGAGCCACCGGGAAAUUCUUGCCACCACCAAUUCUUGGAGUUUCGGAUCGUGUGUCAGUCUAUAAAGGGUGGGUGACUAGUGCAUCAUACACACCAUCAGCAUUUGAUGUCCCAGAAGCCAUCGUGAUCAAGAAUUUAAACACAAAUUUUGCUAAAAAUUGUGAUAAGUGGCAGGCAGAAGUGGAAUAUAUGGGAAAAUUUAGCCACCCAAAUGUUGUUAAACUCCUUGGAUAUGGCUGGGGCAGUAAUGAGAUUCAGCUUGUUUAUGAAUAUACAGAAAAAGGGAGCUUAUAUACGCAUCUCUUCGGGGAAGAUGCAGACCCACUUCCAUGGGACACAAGGAUUAAAAUAGCCUUGGGAGCAGCUCAAGGCCUUGCUUUCAUGCACAUGGAAAUGUAUAUCAUUUGCAGGGAUGAGUUCAAUGCAAAGAUCACGGAUUUUGGAGAGGGAGGGUUUAAUCCGGUCAGUGGAGAGUCUCCUACAUCAUACAACGACGGUUAUGUGGCUCCUGAGUAUCUAGCCACUGGGUGGUUAUAUCUGAAGAGCGAUGUUUAUGGUUUUGGAGUGGUGAUGCUAGAGAUAGUUACAGGGUUACGUGCAGUUGGUUCUGGUAAGUAUUAUCAGCUACAGAGUUUGGUGGAUUGGGCUAGACCUUACUUAACCAGUAUAAAAAAACUACCAAAAAACAAUGGAUCCACAGUUGAAACAAGUUUAUCCAUCGAAAGCUGCAAUGAAAGCAGCUCAACUCAUCAUAGAUUGUCUUCAUCAUGA